CAUUUCAAACAUCCGGUGUUCGGUUUUCAAGAUGGAAUAUUGUACUAUUACUUUUCUCUUUAUCGUGUCAGUUCUUAUUCUGACUUUCAUUUGGAACAUUAGAGUUCCAAAGAAAAUGAAGUUGGACGGCGCACACGUUCUUAUAACUGGUGGUUCUAGUGGUAUUGGGAAGGAAAUAGCUAAGCUGGUAAUCAGUCGAGGUGCUAAAGUGACCAUCAUGGCACGCAAUCAGCAAAGACUGGCUGAAGCCAAGGAAGAGAUUGAAAAAUGCAGAAGAGCAGGUUGUACUGAAGCUGUUGUCUGUGUUGUAGCUGAUGUGGCAAAAGAUGCUCAACUUGUGGAAAAAGGCGUUCAUGAGGCUGAAAGUCUAAAUGGACCUGUCCACAUGUUGGUCAAUUGUGCUGGGUUUUCCAUCAGCAGAACUUUUGAUGAUUUGAAACCAGAUGAUUUUAAGAGGCAGAUGGAUGUGAACUAUUUGGGGACUGUCUAUGCCACCAAAGCAGUCAUGCCCUCCAUGAAGACCCUUGGGUGUGGUCGUAUCGUCUUUCUCUCCUCUCAGGCAGGACAGAUCGGGAUGUUCGGGUACACUGGCUACUCUCCUGCUAAGUUUGCCCUUACAGGACUGGCACAAGCUCUUCAAAUGGAGGUAAAACCCUACAACAUCUAUGUGACCUUGUCCUUUCCUCCUGACACUGAAACUCCUGGGUAUGCAGCUGAACUUGAGGGAAAGCCCAAAGAAACUGUCUUGAUAUCGGAGACUUCAGGAAUAUUCCAGCCAGAUGUGGUAGCUAAAACUAUUAUAGAGGACAGCUUGAGCGGCCGUUUUCAGAGCUGGGUGGGGAGCGAUGGCUUCAUGUUAGCUUGUAUGACCUGUGGGAUGUCACCGGUCACGUCAGUGGUGGACGCAAUAUCACAAAUCGGGACUGCAAGUAUUUUCCGAUUGGUGUCCUUGUUCUAUCUCACUCACUUUGAUGGCAUUGUCAGCAAAUGUAAGAAGGCCAGAGACGCUGAGGAGAAAAAGACAUCCUGAUCAGGAAAAAGCCAAAAACAACAAUCUCAACAUAAUUUAUUUACCUGGAAUGAAAAUCAAACUGUUUUUAUGAUAUAUUGGCAUUUAACUUUCGGGUUGUGAAUGAAAAUCAAACUGUUUUUAUGAUAUAUUGGCAUUUAACUUUUGGGUUGAUAGAGAGGAUAUCCAGGGGAAAACAUUCUCUUAACUUAGAAAUUCAUGAUGUAAUGGAUAUCAAAUCAAAGAGUAUAAAUGUUUUCGUCAUAAAUUUGUUUCAUUGUACCAGGUACAUUAUCAAUUUCGAACAACAAAGUUGUCAGUUUGUGUCAUCUUUUGUCAGAAAAAGAUCUCUACCCUAAUUUUUAGUGCCUUUAUGCUGUAUAAUUUUUGACCAAUUAAUAUAACCACUGCUAAAGUCUGAGAAAACAGCCUCUGCAUAUCAUCAUUGUAGAAUUAUUUUGCAAAAAAAAAAGUUUAUCCUGUCAACUUACUUUUUGUCAGGGAGAGAAACAAGGGGAAAUAACUUGUUUGGACAAAUGUGUAUUUUAAUAACUAAUAGAUUUUUGAUAACUAUGUAAUUAUUAUGAGUGUGAUUGUAGUACAUGUAUUGCGAGGUAUCAUAAGUGUGAAUCUACAUCAGUUCAUAUAUAAGGGUAUAUGUAAAUGAGUGAAAAGAAAGAACGAAAGAAAGCAUGACAGAAAUUACUGUACUACUUGCUAAAAAUUAAGCCCAGCAGUGAACACCGAGAAAAUCACCAGACUUAGGAUAGUAUUUAUAUGUAAUUAUAUACGGUAGAUGGUUAGUUGUGGUUCUCCAUCUUAUUCAGGGUCACGGCUGAGUUACUUAUCUUUCCGAGUUCCAAGCACACCUCACUGAAUACUUAAUUGAUAUGAAGAAAAUCAAAUAAUAUUGUAAAAAAAAAAUAUGUGAAAAUAAUGAUGGAAAUUGCCUAACCUUUGGUGGUUUAAUCCAAUAAAUAUGUAGUGAAUGCUAAACAGAGGUCCUUUGUUAUGUAGCAAGAAGUCCUAGUGUCCCAGGAAAAAAAUGUUGUAAA